AUGCGUUUCUCAGUGUUGCUCGCAUCCGCGUCGGAAGCCAAGGCGGCCGCUGCGCGGGCAGCGCUUGCCGCCCAGCACGCUUCGGCUCGCCAUGAGGCAGCGCGUGAGGCUGUUCUCACGGCGGCCACGCUUUUGCUGCAAGCGGCUGCACGCAGGCAGCACGCACGAAUGCUGGCGCGGCGCGCAAAAAUGGAGCAGAAGCUUGCUCACUCUCUGCCCAGCGGCACGAUCGUGAGGGCGCACGGCUUGGUUGGCGCGGCUCAUCUCAACGGAGUGACUGGCACAGUGGCUGGGCCACCUCAAGCGGGCAAGGAUGGCAGCCUGAGAGUGCCCGUGCUGCUGAAGGGUGCUGGUAAAGCACGCCUGGUUCGCCUCGGCAACCUGCUCUGCGUGACUGGUUGGCAGCACCUCGACCCCGACAGCCGAAUGAGAAUCAUGGCCGCCACGGCGUUUAGCUUUGAGGCGCGGUGCAGCCUCCUGCGCGGCCAGGAGAGCUGUGGCAGACAAGGGGAGCUACUGCCCAUGGCCCGGCUACGUGCUGUCUCCAGGCUCUUUCGAUCGGAUUUUGUUGGCGCAUUGCAGCAUCUCGCUGCUGAGAGCUCCUUUCCAGCGCUCCUACGUAUCGCGCGCUGUCAUGUAACGGGCGAUUUUGGCUUCGAGCGAAGCGAGGAUCUCUUCCUGGAGGCUACGGAGCGACUGGCCGCUUGCGACACGAGUGAAAGUGUCGGCGCCGCGGCGCAGCUAUGCUAUGACCACGGGCAUGUGGCGCUCGCGGUCGAGCUGUGGGGGCGCGGCGCUUCACGUGGCUUCCCCAUCUGCAUUCGCAACUACGCGGCCAGUCUCGAGGGCGAGGGCGAGCACGGACAGAGAACUGCACAACGUUGGUGGCAGACCGGCGCUGCACAGGGCGACAUGUACUGUCGGGCCCAGUGGGGUAAAGCCUUGUGGGAUGGGCUCGCAGGCGUAGCUCGAGAUCGCGAGAAGGCCUGCGAGCUCUUCCAGGAAGCCGCCGAAGCAGGAGAGCCAGUAGGUAUGCUGUGCACUGCCAUGCUCUACGACGUCAAAUGGCAACAAACGGAGGAUCCGACCGCAAAGGCUCGCCUGGCACGUCGCUGCAAGUCAUGGCUGGAGCUUGCGGCUUCCGCAGGCAAUGCCAACGCAGCAGACAUCUUCGAACAGCAACUCUGGCCUUCAUUGUCUGCCGAAGUAUAA